UCUCAGUGAUACUUGUUUCUUAGUUUUUAAAUUUUGUUCUUGGGGAAUCAGAGUAAAUUCAUUGAUUUUUUUUUACGUAAUCUUUAAUCACUCGACGCAUGCACAGAUAUCGUUAUUAUUUUUUAGCAGCAAAGCAUGAAAAUUGCAAACUGUAGUAGCUUAUGUGACAUUUAUAUUGAAUAACGAUAUUUAAACUGAUGGACUACUAAUAUGAAAAUAUAAUAAUCAUAAAUGUCUUUAGAAUUCACUUAUUUGCCGUUUUAUGUGUAAGAUGACUACAAUGGCGUUAGGAAUUGACAUUGAGUGCUCUGUAAAUAAUAUGAUUGAAAGGUCAGCUUCUGCUCCAUCGUCUCCAAAUGAAAGAACAUCCACUGUUCUAAGAGAGAUUGGAUGUAUUGGGGGUCAUGUAAAUGGUCGGCGAGUUACUUUUCCUGAUGAUGACACUAUAGUAACUGGAUAUUUUGAAGCCCCUGAUCCUUGGAGUGAAGAAUUUGCUGUAACUACUGACAACAUUGUAGCUGCUUAUCGUGCUGCAUGCUGGAAGCAAGGAGUUAAACCUUUGCAAAGAGUACUACAACAGUUACAAGCAGUGCAGAUGAGUGCUGAUCUUGAAUUUGAAUUGAAUUUAAAAGGUGAAAAUUUAGAUGCUCAUCAUUGUGAAGCUUUGGAGGAAAUAUUCAAACGACUCCAAUUUAGAUCUCUGCAGCUUGAAGAUUGCCAUUUAAAUGAUGAGGGUGCUGCAGCUAUAUUUGACAUGAUUGAAUAUUAUGAUUCAACUUCACACUUAAAUAUUUCAUCUAACAAAGGUAUUGGUAAUCAGGGAUGGCAAGCAUGUUCCAAAAUGUUAAAAAGGACUCCAUGUUUGCAGUACUUAGAUGCUUCCAAAACAUCUCAAAAUGAGCAAAGUUUACUGAUACUUGGCAGAGCCUUUCGAACUGGUUCAUAUCUCGUUACCCUGCAUUUAGAAAGCUGUGGCAUUUUUGGAAGGCCACUUGUCAUAUUAGUUGCUGCUUUGAAGCUGAACAACACAUUACUUGAAUUAUAUCUUGGGGAUAAUAAAAUUUGCUCAGCAGAUGGUUUGCAACUUGGAAAUUUGCUGAGAUCUAAUUCUACACUCGAGCUUCUGGAUCUUCGAUCAAAUAAUCUGCAAGAUUUGGGCAUAUGUCACUUGGUAGAUGGCUUAUGCCAGCAAGCAGCAAAUAAUGGAGAAUGUCUUAAAACUCUUGUGUUAAGCAAUAAUAAUUUAACUCAGAAUGGAAUGGCACAUAUAAAUAGAGCUUUGUUGGUGUCUGAAUCCCUCAUGAAACUUGACAUCAGCCACAAUAAUAUCUGUGAUGAAGGAAUACAGCAUUUGAAGCAGGGAUUGCUGACUAAUCAGUCCUUGCAAACUUUGGUACUAGUGAAUACAAAGCUUACAUGUGAAGGUGCAGUAGCUUUAGCAGAAUUUAUUGCAGACAAUCAGCACAUCGCCUGCCUGGACAUAAAGGAAAAUGAUAUACGACUAGCAGGAUUAAUGGCUCUUGCAUUGUCAAUGAAACAUAAUCUGAGCAUGGUAAAUUUAAGUGUGGACCAAACAAUCAAGACUGAUUCGGAUUCUGAUGGGAUGAGUAACCAACAAAGUCUAUUGCAAGAUAUUAAAGAUUACUGCCAAAGAAACAGAAAUAAACUAGAAAGUACUAAAUUGCAUGAUAAAAAUGUAAACUUUGUUGUCCAGAAUGCUAAUAUUCCUGUUGUUCAUAAUGAAACUGAGCUCACUUCGUUGAUCAGGGAAAAGACUUCUCAGCGUACUCAUGUGGCCAAUAAUGUAAAUGCUUCUACCAUGGGAAUGGUUAGCAGUGCUUCAUUUCCAACAGAUUCAAAGUCAACUGCAACAUCUUCAUCAGGUUUGCCAAGGAAUCGAUUCCAGGUGUGUAGAGUUUUUCUGGAUAAUGAUAAACAUUUCCCGGAUGCAUCAGAAUUGAGCAAUAGCAGUGAUCAGACAUCCAGAAAUGAUGAUUCAUUCAUCCAUUCGGAAGAAUCUGUUUUUCUUCCAUCAUCUCCUAAUGAGAGUGGUUAUGACAGCACUUCAUCUUCUCCUCUCUCCGACAGGCUUAAACAUCGCGAAGAAGACAAAGUCCGUUACAUUCGUCAUCAGGAUUCCCUUGCAAUUCACAAGCAGCAUGUUAGCAACAAGCACGAGGAAGAUGAAGAUGAGGUCAAUGUUGAUAACCACAACAGUGAUAUUCUCAACAAUGGAGAUUCUGUAGAGGAAAGUAGUCCAAAUGAUGUCUCAUCUGAAAAUCAAUCAAAUACUCGUAGAUCAAGUACUGGGAAAGUCAAGAAAUUAACGUUUGUCUUACCUGAUGAUUUCUGUGAAGAUAGCAAUGGAAGGAGGAAAGACAGGAGAAUGAGUACUCCAACCUUGGCUUCACAGAGGCUUAUUCAGCAGAAAUCAAAUGCUCUAAACCUAAAACUUGGAAGACAGCUAGAAGGUUUAGAUCUUAAAAGCUCAGUUCCCCUUUCUCCCACAAGACUACGGGAAGGCUUAAUUUUUCCUGAUCCAUUUGAAAUUAAAGUUACUAAUAAUCAAGACUGACAGAUCAUCUUGCUAUCAGCUGAGUAAUUCUUUUAAAUGUAUUUCUUCCUUCUGUAAUUAAUAAAUUUGCCAAAUUCUUGCAGUACUGAU